AUGUUUCAAUAACGAUUUGAUUAUCUACGAUUGCCUGGCUUUAUAGCAGACAAUAUUAUAUAAGAUCGUAUACAAGUUUAUUAUUGACUCAUAGCUGGGAGUAUAAAAAUAGGAGUUGGUUAAAAUGCAAUCAGGAAGAUUUUCAAGGUGGAAGAUUACGAUUAAUUCGAACGAAUGCAAAUAAGUUCAUUAGCCUAAGCAUUACAAAAGAAUUAGAAAUAUGAUGCAAACAUUCAUACGGAUGAUCUCCUACUUAGAUAUCUCUAUGCCAAUAAAUUCAAUAUUGAAGCCUCAGUGGAUGUAAUCAUAAUUCAUCAUUCUAGCAAUUAAUUAAAACUAGUGAGAUAGUAUUUUAGCCUGGUUUUAUGUAACUUGAUAGAGAAGUGGAAUAACUCUACGUAAAUAAAUAAUGUGAAUGAAUAGUUUAAAGGCGCACUUUAUAUAGAGGGUAGAACCAGACAGCAUAUUCCUUGUAUUGUAGUUUCUACAAAGUUGGUGGAUGAUUUGGCAUUAUUCGAGAGAGCAGCAAUUAUUUUAUGUGCCAUAAUCGAGGAUUAUAUGUUUUAUAGUGGCAAAGUAGAGUCCUGGAUAGCCGUCAUUUAAACUAAAGAUCAGAGUGCUUACAAAAUGCCAUUGGAUAAAAUAUUUUCCAUUAUUAAGAUAUUGUAGACUUGUUUCCCAAAUACUUGCGAUGCUAUAUAUAUUCUCAAUGCUACUCUAUCUAUUAAUCUACUCUGGUCUUAAAUUGAAGGUAAUGUAUUUAAUGUGAAGUAGAAUACAUAAGUCCCAUCACAUUAGGCAAAAUUAAAUUCUUGAAGGAUAAAGAGUUACCUAUAUUAUCCAAUUAGUUCCAUCCUGAAUAACUAGAACAAUUUCUGGGGGGUGAGAAGAUUCUAUAAUCUUUUUGGCCACCAGAUCCCAACGAUUACAUGUAUGACUAACCACCUCAACAACAAUAACAAUUUUAUGAGUAUGAAGAAUAACCCUAGGUCUUCUUUUCUGAUAACAAUAAUCUCUAAUACAUGAAUGAAGCACCUAUUUUACACGAGGAAAUUCCACCGCCUAUACAGGUUUAAAAAUAGCCUGAACCUAUUCAAGAGGAUGUUGUUUAGAAUGUCCCUGAAAAGAAGAAAAAAUGCAUUUGUGUCAAAUGUUCCAGAGAUUUAGAAAAUUUGAAUUCCUAGCCUCGUUAACGAUAACCUUCUGAACCAUAACCUAUAAAUAAACCAAUCAUACCAUAAUAAGAGCCAUAAAAGUAGGUGCCUCAGUAAUUGGAUGAUACAUAUGUCCCAUAUGAGAGAAGAUAUGAUAGUUUCAUUAAUGAUACUAGUUUAUUAAUUCCAAAGACAAUGAAUGAUACCAUCUAACAAGACAAUAAAGAAGAACAAUAAUUUGGGGGUAACUCAUUUAAUAAUUCUCAAUUUUAAUAACUUGGUCAACAACCUGAAAAUAAUUAAAAGCCUAGCAAACCCUCAUUUACAAAUCCCUUUUAUAAUUCUGAUUCAAUGUAAGGGUCUUAAAAAAUUGAACCAAAACAACCCCCAGUUAUUUCAAAUAAAGUUAGUUAAGAAAUUCAAGCCAAUAUGGAUGAUACCAUAAUAGAUGAUAAACCUGAUUAUCAACCUAAAUAUGUUAGCAAACAUAGUCGACCAUAUUAAUCUAGUAAUUUUAAUCAUCCCUCUCAAUCAAGUCGUCUGACAAAUAACAAUCCAAAUCUUUACAAUUUCCAAAACAUUCCUAGUUAUAAUCCAAUCAAUUAUGCUCAGUAUUCAUAACAACCUGCCUAAUCUUCAUAAUAUAUCCCGACUCUCCAAACUUAACCUUAGAGUUAAUAAUAUAUUAAUAUAGAACCUUAAUUCUAAAAGAUCGAUGUCAUCUAAUAGCAACCAGUCUAAGUGCAAGAAUUUGAUAAUACUAAUUACAAUCCAAACUAAUCAUAUUAUGCUCCCUAACUUUCUAAUGAUCCCAAAAAGAAAUAUGAUUUCAGUUAAUGGGAUAAAUAUAAUGAUGCUAACGACCCCGUGCCCAUGCAACCAUAUGUUCCAAUAUCGAACACUUAUACUAGUCCUUAUGUCCAAUAGAGUCCCUUACCCAAUUAUAAUCUAAACGAGGAUUAUAAUAAGAUGUACGAUACUGGAAAUGAUUACAAGCCAGGAGAGUUUCGACCAUCAACCUACAACUUUACUCCUUAUGAUUAUAGACAUAGUGAUUAAUAGUAGUAGUUUUAGCCAAAUGCGACUUAAGAAAAUGGGUAAGAAUAGAAUAAUUAUAAUUUAGAACUUAAUAAUUAUAUCAAUAAAAACCAGGAUAGUAAGCAUGUUAAAUAUUUUGA